AUGGCUACUUUAUCAGUUGUCCUUUUCAUUAUCUUCAUGCUGUUUAUUGGCAGCUCUUCAGCUCAACUCUCCACUGAUUUUUAUGACAAGACUUGCCCCAAGGCGUUAUCCACCGUGAAAUCGGCGGUCGAGUCCGCCGUAGCAAAGGAGAAACGUAUGGGUGCUUCACUUCUCCGCCUGCACUUCCACGAUUGCUUUGUCCAGGGAUGUGAUGGAUCAAUUCUCCUUGACGACACAUCUUCGUUCACCGGGGAGAAAACUGCUGGCCCCAAUAGAAACUCCGUCAGGGGAUUUAAUGUGGUCGACAACAUUAAAUCCAAGGUCGAGGCUGUAUGUCCAGGAGUCGUGUCGUGUGCUGACAUCUUAGCCAUUGCUGCCCGUGAUUCUGUUGUUACUCUUGGAGGACCUAGUUGGAAAGUGAAACUUGGAAGGAGGGAUUCAAAAUCAGCAAGCCUUUCAGCUGCAAAUAGUGGUGUAAUCCCACCUCCAACUUCUACUCUUAACAACCUCAUAAAUAGGUUCCAAGCGAGAGGUCUCUCCGCCAAGGACAUGGCUGUUUUAUCAGGUAUAUAUCUAAUUAUCCUAUUACUAGCCUGA